AAGAAGAAAAAAAAAACAUUGUCAAAUACAAUUGUCAUUUCGCUUGCGAUGCUAAUAUUUAUUUUUGUGUUUUAUCGAUACUUUCUUUGAUUUUGUGAUUUGUGCUAUUUUUCUACGAUUUCGUAAUAGAUUUUCGAUGCAAGACGACACUGAUUUCAGCUUGUUUUAUGGACUUUGUUACUAAAAAUGGCGUGACUACCUAAAUUCAUCUUAAAAAAUUGAUGACAUUGAGGGAGGCAAGAGUGUCGUAUUUCGUGUAUAUGGGUUGUCAUCAGUUCAACGCAUAUAAUAGCAUUUGGAACAUGCAGGAAUUCGGAUAAUCGUACAACUCUGUAGGAAUGUGAGGUCGGCCCAACGGUUCAUGUUACGCUGGUCGCGGCGACUCCAUUUGUUCGUACCACCUUUGUUGAUGCUGGGUUGGGGCUUGGGGUGUGCUUACUAGCACAAAUAUAUGAGGGCUGGGGCGGUAUGUCGUAUUAUUUCAGGUUUACUAACGAAAGGUGAAGGAUACAGAAAUGUAACUAUAGACUUCGCGUCUCGCCAAGUUAGAGAAUUUAAGGCGAAACACCCAUUGCCUAUUGGCGUCUUAACCACCACAACCGGAAAAUCUGUUGAUGUAAGGAAUACUGUCAGUGAGAAUUCGGAUGUAUUUGUGAACGACUACUUUUUAGACAACCAGUUUCAUGUGGACUCUGAACGGAUCCCAGAGAGAGUUGUUCAUGCUCAAGGAAGCGGUGCUUUUGGAUACUUUAUUGUUACACACGAUGUGUCCCAAUAUACAAGCGCAGAUGUAUUCAAUAGAAUUGGGAAGAAAACUCCAGUUUUCGGUAGAUUUUCUACAGCUGUAUCAAACAAAGGUACCCCAGAACUCGCAAGAGACAGUAAAGCAUUGUCUGUAAAGAUGUAUACAAAUGAAGGCAACUUAGAUUUUCUCUGUUCAAGUCUUCCUGUAUACGAUUAUCGUGAUCCUAAUGACUUCACUCACAUCGUUCACGCUGGGCGCCAAAACCCUAAAACAAAUCUUUUUGAUUUAACAACGCUCUGGGACUUCAUUACCCUAAAGCCAACAAUACUUUUUCCUAGUCUUUGGAGAUUCUCCGAUUAUGGUUUACCUUAUGGCUAUAGAAAAAUGGAUAUAUUUCCUAUUCAUGCAUACGAGCUGAACAACAAGCAAGGAGAACGAUAUUUAGCCAAAUUCAAUCUGCGUACAGAACAAGGCUUGGAUAAUCUUACUACCGCUGAGGCUCAAGCGUUAUCAAGUCAAGAUCCUUAUUACUUUACCAGGGAUUUAUACAAUGCCAUUGCUAAUAAAAAUUAUCCAUCUUGGAGAUUGGAUAUGGAUAUAAUGACUCUUGAACAAGCCUCAAAAGUAGACUAUAAUCCAUUUGAUGUUAACAGACUAUGGAAGAGGGGGACAUAUAAAACGGUAGUUGUGGGACGAUAUGUUUUCGAUAGAAAUCCAGAUAAUUCUUUCAGAGACACAGAACAGAGCGCAUUUAAUCCUGCUCAUUUAGUUCCAGGUAUACCUGGACCAGCUGACCUAAUGUUUAAGUCUCGAAGGUUAUCUUACCGCCAUGCACAUGAAAAUCGUUUAGGAAGUAAUUCUGAGAAUAUAAGAAUAAACUUACCAGUAUACAGAAAAACUUAUACCCGUGAUGGCUCACCUCCAGUAAAAGACAACAUGAAUGAUGUACCAAAUUAUUAUCCAAAUUCAUUUAGCGGGCCAGUACCCACUGUAGAUAACAGACACCCUAGUGAGAAAUUAAUAGUACUCGAUAAGACUUCUGUGGAUUUGGAGCCCAUGGCAGACUUCUAUAAUCACAUUAUAGAAAAUGAUGCUCAUAGACAAAGAAUAGCUGACAACGCUGCUGCCUCUCUAGUUACGGUUGAUGAAAAAAUUGUGGAUAGGGCAUUGAAGUUAUUAGAUCUCGUGGACACAGAUCUAGGUAAAAGAGUAACACAGAGUUACAAUGAACAGAAAAAAAGAGCCGACGCUGCUGCAAAAUUAGAUGCUAGAACGAGAGUUCAACCGAUUGCUCAGUGUAUAAGUGCAGUUCAGGAAGGAUUUUUGACGCCUCCUAAACGCAAAAACUGUUAGAAAAGAGUUAAAUAACGAAUUUUCAAAGGUAAUCUAGUUGUCGUUUGAACUCCUAAUUCAAAUGUUUGCAUCAAAAGUGUCUAGCGAUCAAAUAGACGCCGCCAUUAAACGGGUUUCAUUUUCUAAAAACACCAUAUACCGUAAAUAAUAAGUUUUAAUUUUACGAUGUGUAGGGAUAUCAAAUCAAUUUAUGGAUAGGAAUGGAAAACCAAUCUGAAAUGAAUAUUCAAUAAUUUUCAUUGCUAUAAAUUACUCGCUCCCUAGACAUUUAUGAUGUGUAUAGUUAUACUGAUUUGCUAACUUACGAAUGGAAUAAUAAACAUUAUCUCUAUCUUUUUGCUUGUGGAACAUCUGUAGAUGUAGGAAGCUGCUUAGGUUUGGUGUGCUAUAUAUUAAUGUCUUUGUUGUGAAGUAAGUAGAAUCGUUUAAUAAGUAAAUCGAAUUGAUUUUAAUUACAAUAAAACAAAUUAUAAAUAUGAAUAUUUCUUUAAUUUUUAACAAUAAACUCUAGACAGGAGGUAUUUUAUCACUUAAAUUUACUAUUCACUAAUAAAUUUGCCACAUACAUUCAAUGAAAUAUGAACAAUAUAUUACUAUGGAUUAACGAAAAAGCUGGGAUAAAUCUUAAACAUUUCUAAUUUACAUUUAGUAUAGUUUAAGCGUUUUGCUAUAAAGUGUAAUAUUACAAGACAAGAAUCUGGUAUAUCUGUUUUUAUUAUUUCUAAAGUUUGAAACAUUAAACAGUAUUCAUCCAAAUUUGAAAGUAUAUGUAUAGGAAUGAUCAAAUAACUUAAAAUAUCACAAUAGUGUUUACACUAAAUCAGUCAACGUUGAAAAUUAUUUUUGUAAAAUUUAAGCUACUUAAAAAUGGAAAAUAUUUAAAUGAUUCUCAAAAAAUACGUAAAUGAUAACCUUAAAAUGUAUUUGUUAGCCUAAAGGUUAGGUUACCAGUUGUUUUUUUUUGAUGAUGAUUGAAUUACUAAUUUUUUGAUAAUCAUUCGAAUAUGUGCCCUUAAAAAUAUAUAUUUGUUGUAAUAUAAUGAAAUCAGUUACAAAAAUGACUAGAAUUGAAAUCAAAAGUUUAAGGUCUACUUAUAAUUCUAAUCGAAUUUGUGUAAACUAAAAAUAACCUAAGGGAUUUAUACUGAUCGUUUAAAUAAAAUUUUAGGUAAAAUUUUGAUUGAAACUAGUCUUUUGAUAUUAGAAUGAAUCAGAUAAUAUUUUGAGCCUAGUAUUUAAAAAUAACCUUGUUAUAGAAUGAAAUUUGAUGGCGAAAUAUUAUCUGCCAAAUGAAAUCAUUUAGUAAAGCGAUAUUUAUUGAAAGAUCUUAAGUUUAUGGAUGAUGUCUUGGUAGUGGCCAGUCAUUGAAAUGAUUUUGACUGCAGAGGCGAUCGCUUCUAAUAUCUUGGAGAUGGUGAUAGUAGUUUUAUAUAUUCGCCUCAUUGAACCAAAUACUGGUUUGAUUCCUACUGGGCGUCUCGUCGCCUCCUGCCUGGCCCGAAGGCGGAGUUAGCAGCGGCGACUCACAGCAUGUGCUUGGUUUGAAGUGCACCGGAGUAACCACGGCUGAGGCCAAGAUCCAAUGCCCGUUUCUCGCUGCAAAAUAAUAAUUUAGUAAGAAUAUUUAAUGCAGUUUACUGCAAACAUCUGCGAAGAUAAGUAGUAUAAUGGUGGUAGUUCCGGAAUGAUAAAAAAGUAAAAUCAGUUUUGUCGUCUAUAACGUAAAGUUGAUAUUAACCACUACAUAAAAAGUUGUUUUGCAUUAACUUCUACAGUCAAAACCGAUAGGUCUAAUUUUUUUUUAAUUUUUGGCUUUUGAUGUUCCUUAUGUCACGUGCUAUGCGAUGACUAUUGCAUAAUGCUUCUCCCACACCUACGUGACGAAGCUUCGGGAGACUUUGGUACUAAAUGCGCAAAAAAUUGAAUUAGUUCUGUUGUAAUGAUUUAUUGGGCUGCGUGGCUAUAGAAGUUAGGCGAUAGCUUGUGUAAAUAUGUCUAUUGACUAACGUUCAAACUAUCUUUCAUCUUGAUUUGCAUUCUGUUCAAAUACAUUUCACCUAAAUAAAUAAAUAUAAAAAGCAACGUUACUUUUAAUACGUUUUAAGUAAAUUUGAAGAUGAUGAUUAUCAAAUAAUUACUAACUGCAUGCAACAAGGGGUUACAAAAUAUUAAAAAGUGUAGUUUGAAAUGCAUAAGGUUUGCCUAAAGAUACUCAGUAACACUGGCUACUAAUUACGUAUAAUUAAAAAAAAAAGAAUGCAGCAUGCACAUAAUAAAACAGCUGUUAUUUAGGUAAUUAAGUAGCUUCUCGAUUUCUACUAAGUACGAUGAUCUGGACGUACCUAGUAAUGUCAUCUUUAAAUCUGAAAAGAGAUAAAAAUAGUUAAGGUUUGUUUUGUUUUAAAGACAUUCAAUUAAGUAAAGAAGAAGCAACAAUUAAUAAAGAAUAUAGAUUUUUUAAGGAACAAAGUAUAUAAGUAACAUAGAUGCAACUUUGAUUGUCAAAAUCAAGUGAGAAAGUGAAAAUAAAGUUUUAAAGGGUACGGUUUAUUAUAAGUACUUAUUCUUAAUGCAUAAAGGAUGUAUAUUAUAGUUAACACAUAAAGUAAAGUGGAACGUGAAAUUAUUUUUUAUGAAAGAUAAGAAAAAUAAAUAACAUGAAGAAAUACUUUAUUCCAUUGAAUUCAAUAAAAAUAUCGAUUGCAUGAUUGGGAAAUUUUUCCGGUGCGUUUCCUCAUUCCGCAAUUAUUUUUUUGAUUCACACGUUCACUCGAUUUCAAGAGUUUAAUGAUGAUUGCAAGUUGCAAACUCACUUUUCCAUUUUGCGUUCAAUUUGUAGCAGGUUCCCAAGGCGGUUCAGCAUGUCCAUGAUUUCUUCGGGCUCAUAGGGACCAUCUUCGCGGUAGUAUUUGUUAAGACUAAACAUAAGAAAUUUACAAAUAACGUUUUUAAUUCGAAUGAUUGAUAAAUAAUAGUCGGUACUAAAUUAACCAUUCAUAAGGGCACAAUAAAAAUAAAAGUUUCGAUUUAUAUUGUAGAAAUUGAAGUCCUCCAUGCACCCUAUCCAUCUUGCUGGAUGAAGCAUGCUGGGCAGCGCUAUACACGUAAAAGAGAUACUGGUGUCGAUGCUGGCAUGAUUCGCUAAACCUAAACUUAAAUUUGAUAACAGUGUAUCAUUGUCAUUCUCUAUACUGUAUGAAAAGGAGAGACUGAUGUUAAAUGUGUUAGAAGUUUUAAUUUUAGAGAAUUAUGCCAGAAUCGACACCAUUGUAUCUCCAUCUCUUUUACUGGUACAGUGCGUAGAGGCCUUAAACAUUGACACUAUUUAUGUUAAAUAAAUGCUACAGUGAAGUUAUUCGAAGUACAAGGCUGUGAAUUUAAGUGAGAAAUUUUUCCCAUCUUUGGAAAGCACGUAAAGACAUUGGACACGGCUGCAGUUUUUAUGCCUUCUGGGCAUUUGUAUCUAGUUGUGACAUUUUUGUUAGCCCACAAGGUUUUUUUGAUUAUAAGAUUGCCUUUGAUUAUAGGAUAUAUUUUGUAAUUGUAAAAUUUAAGAUAUCAAAUAGCCUCAUAUAGAUCAAUAGCCAGCCUCGCAUCAAAUUACAAUAAAAAAGGGGGAUAAGUUUUGCGAAGGUCCACUUGCAGCAAAUUAGCUGAAUCUAAAGGACAAUGAGCAAAAAUGUAUGGAUGCUGCACCCACGUCUGCCACAGCUUAAACUACAUUUGUUUGAAAGGUAUUAUAGUCAUGAUCAUCUGUGCCAAAGCGCAUCAAAUUCCAUCUCGGGAGUCCUUAGUUAUUUUAAAUUAAAUAGGUACAAGUACUAUAACGAACGAACAAUAAUGAAACAAGGGAAUUAAUUUAGUUAGUUAGUUCGACCCUACCUACACAGGGGGCUCAGGUAUUAUGGGAGUACUUCAAAGGGUGCAAUAGCAUAAGGACACCCAUGCUAUUCUGCCGCGCUAGAGUAAAUCCUAAAAUCCCCGCAUGGGUUGGGGUUUUCAAACAUUUUGUUCGUUAUAGUAAAUUGUCUUCUAUGUAAAACGGAGCGACAACAAAUCACACAAACUUGUCCACGCUUCGGAGAAAACAUGAUCCAUACUAAUUGGCAAAACCGAUAAUCGUGUUCCAAUGUCCAAAGCGUGUUAGAUAAAAAUCAAUCAAGUGACAGGACAGGACAGACAGUAAGACGAGUCGACUAUUUGCAACUGCAAGUCCUUCAACCCCCGUAAACCGUUUUUAAGGCGUCUCAGUAAGUGCAAGCGCAGGAUGGUCGGCAGGCUUUGUCGUAUAUCUGGUUGUAUAGUACGAUGUGGCAUAUUAUUAUGGUUACUAAUAAUAUAAAAUUAAGUUACUAUAAAAUGAAUUUAUUUAGCUUCUUAAAUAUGCCCAUGUGUCAUAUAUUUUGAGUACCAGGAUAUUUUUUACGAUGUCAUUAUAAAAAAGGCUAGUUCUUCAUAGAUCUAUCGAUUCAUACAUUGUUGGCGGAGCUGGGUUUUGUUUUGCCCAUUAUCCUUUAAUUCAUAUAUGAUUUAGCAAAAUUGCUACAAGUGGAUCUGAGUGAAGAAGAAAGUAAAGAAGUAAAGAAAAGUAUUACUAGAAAAAAAUCCACGCGGACCAGGCAGCGGACGGGACUCGAACCUGCACCCUUCACAAUCCGGGCGAAUGCACUGACCAAUUAUGCUACCACGGCCCUGAUGGCCGCAUCGAAAUUUUCCUAGCCUUAAGCUGCAAGGCAGCGCCAUCUCUUCGCAUUGUAGGUAACCCACAAUGUCUACCAAAAAUGUUAAUUAAAAACCUAUAAAAAUAACUUCAAAUUAGGAUGCAUUACCAAUUCGAUUACAAAUAUUGUCAAUAAAAUCUAAAAUUCAGAAUACAUUGCUCAAAAUAAAUAAAAAUAUAUUCCACUAAAAAGUCAAUAAUUUUAUUUAAAGCACAACACUUUUAAAGUUACUUUCGUAAAUUCGCCAAUCGAACAGGUGAAUAAAUCGAUGGACUCGGCAACUACACACAUCAAAAGUGUCUAGGGAUCAAGCAUUUUUAUGCGGAUUUCUUGAGAUUGAGAUGUGGCUUUGUAAUAAAUUUAUGAUUUUAUAAAUUUAUAUGGAUCCUUUUUGGUGCAUUUCAUAAUUUGAAUCAGGAACUGUGAAUCAAAUUCGAGUAAAAGAUGAAAAUCAGCUGUCAAUAUUUUCCCUAUAAAAACAUACAACGCAUUGAAGACAUUAUUAGUGCUACUGUUUCCCUACUACUGAUUAAAACCAACGUUAUUAUGGAGCGGCGACGUCAUUUAAGCAGGGAAGAAAUGCUC